GUGAGCUAUAAUUGUAUUGAUGGGUGGAUAGACUUGUUGCAUGGUCAUAAAUGUGAUGUUCAUGUAGUUACUGUACUGUACGGUACUGUGUAGACCGUUGUUGAACCCAAAAGGUGACAUGUCUGUACAGUAAUCCCCAGAGCGGUGAGCGCCUCCGACUCCGCCUUCUCCUCUACUCCGUUGUCUUUGGUUUCUUUCUCCGCACCACCAUUCUUAUCAUUAUUCCCAUCGUCAUGGCCCCAAUCACCCUCACCACGGUCGACCACGACCUGAAAGAAGUCAUCCAGCAUCUCUUUGAGAUCCAAUCCGCCGUCCACGGCUACCUCGGUCCGGAGACCCAACAGGAGCUAGUCCGGAAGAUCAAAAACCUCACUCUCUCCCUCCAAACCCUUCAAGCCCACACUGCGGCCUCGAACCCGGACGCCACCUCCGUGGCCCCGACCACCAACCCGCAGGACCCAGCGCUGGGCAGCGUGCAACUCCCACCGGAGAUUAUCGAUUACGUGGACGCAGCGCGCAAUCCGGACAUCUACACGCGCGAGUUCGUCGAGCUGGUGCAGCGCGGCAAUCAGGACCUCAAAGGCAAGAAGGAGGCGUUCCGGUCGUUUCGGGAUGUGUUGGCGCGGGAGAUCCGCGGGGCUAUGCCUGAGUGUCGAGGGGAGGUGAAGAGGGUGAUGGAGAUGACGGGAGGCGAGGAUCAGUAGGUUUUUCUGGGUUUGGAGGAGGCUGUGGGGAUUUACAAAAAGACUUUCGAAUGAGGGGUUUGGGGUUGGAGUAAGCUUAUGGGUGUUAUCGUUGCAUGGAUCUAUGGAUGGCGUUGCUGGGUGUUGUGUGAUGGGUGGUGUUUAUUCUUUGUGUAUGUAUGUACAUUAUGUCAUGGGUGUUUCAGAUCUCAAGGUGUCUUACGUUAUGACUUCACUUCUUGGAUGGGGAGCGGAGUCAAUAAGCUGCCGAUCACUACGGAGUAUUGCUACAGCCUCAGCCAGCCAGCCAGCCAGCAGAUGGGCUGUGCUAAAGGGGCCGGGAAUGAUGAGAUGGAAUUUGCAUUACGG